AUGGACGAAGACACGAAUAGUAUUGAGGCACAAGAAGCGUGCGCCAUCACGCGCCCUCAACGUGUCAGCGGGCAGCCAAUAUUCGCGGUAACUUUUUGGCAUGGCCUAACGCCGUUCUUCAUCAAAAGUGACGGCGCUGGCAAUAAAAAAUUGAAGGAGUCGAUUUUCGGUUAUCUCAAUACUUUGAUACACAUAAUGUAUGUAGCCUGCUAUGUGCUGACGUUGCUGAAUGAUUUCGAAACGGUCGCGGGUUACUUCUUUCACACGGGAAUCUCACGCUUCGGUGACACUAUGCAGAUUUUGAGUGGCCUUAUCGGCAUUACUGUAAUCUUUUUUACGGCUAUUCUUCCCAAACAUCGCCUCCAAUAUAGCUUAAGUACGAUGCAAGAUAUUGAUGUGCUGUUACGCAAUGUUGGUGUACAUAUCAGGUAUAGCAAAGUGUUGCGUUAUUGCUACCUGAGUUUGUUGGUGGUCUUCGUCGUGGAUUUUGCAUACUCGUUUGGUAAUUUUAUGCUACUGAAAUCUGCUAGCCUGGAGCCGUCGACGCCGCUUUAUAUAGUAUUUACACUGCAGCACACUGUGAUCUCGAUUGCCACAGCAAUGUUUCAAGGCAUUACAAAGAUGGUAGAAAUGCUAUUGGUUAUGUUGAAUAAGGUUCUCAAAAAUCUCGCACACCAAUGGGACAAUAGUGUUGUUAAACCUAUACCCAAGCAGCGUUCGCUACAAUGCUUGGACUCUUUCUCCAUGUACACUGUGGUCACAAAGGAUCCCUGUGAAAUUAUACAGGAAUCAAUGGAAAUACAUCAAAUGAUUUGCGAUGCAGCAUCAACAGCAAAUAAAUAUUUCACCUAUCAGCUGCUGACUAUCAUUUCGAUUGCUUUUCUGAUCAUCGUUUUCGAUGCCUACUAUGUAAUGGAGACAUUAUUGGGCAAAUCGAAGCGUGAGAGUAAAUUUAAGACUGUCGAAUUUGUUACGUUCUUUUCGUGUCAAAUGAUUUUGUAUCUAAUUGCGAUUAUUUCAAUUGUGGAGGGUAGUAAUCGUGCUAUCAAAAAGAGCGAGAAAACCGGCGGCAUUGUGCAUUCACUACUCAACAAAGCGAAGAGCGCAGAUGUAAAGGAAAAGCUACAGCAAUUUUCCCUACAACUGUUGCACCUGAAAAUAAACUUCACAGCAGCAGGACUUUUCAAUAUAGAUCGGACGCUAUACUUUACGAUUAGUGGCGCUCUCACCACCUACCUAAUAAUACUUCUGCAAUUCACAUCUUCUAAUACAACAGAGCAACAUUCACCGCAGGCGGGCCCUACAACGACUUUGAUGAAUCUCUUAACGAAUACCGCUAUAACUGAACCGUAAUGCAGAUGGGAAUUUGCAUUAGACGUACGGUGGCCAUUUGUUAUCAUUUAUUUACUUGUUCGCAAUAUAACUAAAUUGAAAUGCAAAAAGGCGAGAGUGACAUUCUCACAGUGCAAGUUAACGCACAUUUAGCAGUUAACUUUAUAUUUUUUUGUACUGAAAGUCGAAAGCUGGUGGAUGUA